AUGUAUAUUUAUAUGUUGUCUAUGAAAAUGGCUGAAAGAAUAUGCGGUGUUUGCGGAGAUCGAGCCGUCGUGCUCUUACGUGUGAUUCUUGUCGAUCUUUCUUUAGGAGAAUCGCUCCGAGAGCUCACGAAUUUAAAUGAGCCGACACUAUAUGGCGAAGACAGCGAUUAUAUGAAUAGACUAACCAUGGAUUCAGUGGUCGACUCGACAACAAACCCGUGGAAUGAGUGGAACGGAACCGAUGCUAAACAAAAACUAUUCGCUGAGAGUGUGAUCCAAACUCCAGCCCUCAUAAGAGGUCUGAUAUUUAAUUUCAACGAUUUGGAGAUCAAUCGCUUCAAAGAGCUGUUCAGUUCGGUCGACGUUAUGAGAGAUCCGACGCUCGCCAUCGCGUCGGAGACCACGGAUGUGAUGGAGGCGUUCAGACUCUUGCAGAUGAGAUGCGAUGUGAAGUGCCGUCGGAUCAUAAAGAUGUCCACAAAUAUCAGUGAAUUCACGAAUCUGUGCGAAGAAGACAAGAUCGCUCUCUUGAAGACCGGCUGUCCGGAGAUUAUAUGCUUGAUAUCUGUACUUAAUUUCAAUUUUGACGGAGAGUUUUGGACGGUUGGCAUUGACGACGAAAGGGCAACUAUUUUAAGGCUUGAUGUCUUCAAGUAUGCGUCGAGGAGUAUAUAUGAGGCGCACCGGAGGUUCAUGUUUGCCAUGAAAGACGAAUACAAUUCAGAUAUUAAUAUAAUUGAUUUGUUAACAGCUAUAAUACUAUUCAAUCCAAACCAACCAAAUCUGAUCCGUAAAGAGCUGGUCAAACUACAACAGCAGACAUACAUGUAUUUACUUCAACGCUAUUUAGAGAUUAAACACAACUCGAAGUCAGAAUCGGAGACAAGAUUUGUGCGAUUAAUGAGUUGUCUGCAAGAGUUGUAUCCAUUGAAUAAAAUGCAUGUCCAGAAGAUUAACCAAUUGGAAACACCGGUACCUCUUCUACAAGAAAUAUAUGAUAUCAAACCCCAGAAUGCGUUGUCGUCUAUGAAAAAGAUAUCCAGUGAUACAGACAUGUCUUCGGUGUGGGAAGUGUCCAAAGAGAACGUCAUUCCAGCGAAGAAGAAGUCGACGGCAACGAUGGCCACGAAGACCACGAAGAAUGCGCUCAAACCAAAAGCCAAUCCGUUGUCCGAUAGAGAAAAGCGCCAAAAGCAGUACGAGUCGGCCCUCAAGACGUACAAAGGCUCGGAUCCGCUAUCCGUUCACUACGAGUACAUCCAAUGGUUGGGUGAGAAUCAGUCGACGACCGCCGGCGCCGCCGCUGCCGAUCAUCUGAAGUCACUUCUGGAGGGAUGUGUUGAACAGUUUUACUCGUCGGCCAACUAUCGCAACGAUCGGCGCCUCCUCUCCGUGUUUCUCAUGUUCAUCGAUCGCGUGGACAGUCCUCUCGAGUUGUUUCACUUCUUCCAUGAGAACGGAUUCGCCCGACAAAUGGCCCACUUUUACGUCCAAUGGAGUCAUCACUUGGAGUCGGCGAAGGACUGGACCAAAGGCGUGGAAGUGCUCCGUUUGGGACAGAAGUUCAAAGCGGAACCGAUGGACGCCAUCGACAAAGCGCUCGACCAAAUCGAUCGUCGAGUGGCCAAAGCGGUGACCGAAUCGUCUAAAGCGCCGCCAAAGCGACAGCCGUUGAGUAAAGUGAAGACUAAGAGCGACGACGGCGUCAAGAAGUCGGCCACAGAGGGCCAGAAGAAGGCAAACAAAGCGCCGAUUAUUUAUUGCGACGAAAACGAGCCCAAAGUUGCCGAAAGGGUGGGCGCCGGUGGCUCUGGAGGCGCCGCGAAGUCCACCACUCGUAGCGCUAAACACACUAAUGGAAAGCCACAGCCGAGCGGUCGCGCGGCCGAUGACUCGUGCGACGAGUCGCCGGACGCCCUCAACAUGUCGUUCCCGGGCGUCGCCAUUAAGAUGAGACCACGCGGUCCGGACAGCCCUCCCAUCGCCCGCUUCGAAAAGGCGGACCCAAUGAAGAAGUUUUAUUUCAACGAACGCAAGCUCUACGCCGGCGGCGAAGAGUUCUCCUUCGAGGAGAUCAGAGCUCGAAAGUGGUAUAUGAAGAAGAAGAGAGAGGAAGAGGUGGUCCGCAGCGCCAAACUCGAGGAAGAGGUGGCCGCUCUUCGGCUACAAGUCCAGCAAUUGCUUUGUUCUCAACAAAGCAGUCAACAGCCGACCGCUUCGGGCAGCGCUCAGCCCUCUGUUUCCGUCAAACAAUUGGCCCUCAAAUCCUUGACCGUCGAGGAGUCGCACAGUUCGCCGCCACCGCACCCGCCCUCCAGCGUCGACUCGAGUGCCAACAAAUCGGUGACCAUUUCGCCCGAUAAUGCGAGUAAAGCGGCGUUCAGUCUCGUGAGAGACCUCUGGAACGGAACCGUCGGGACCACCGAUUUGGUCGACACUCACAGCAAAUCCAUUGACGAUCACAAACCCAAACAGAAGGAGAACUUUCUUAUAUUCGCCGACACAACCAUUACGUCUAAAACGGACGACCGGAACGCCAAACCCCGCGAAUCACUGGCUUAUGGCGUCGACUAUACGAUCGCAUUGCCUAAAAGUGAGGAGUCGUUCUUCGCGAAGACCUCGUCGUCGUCGACACCAAUGGCCGACCGGACGAAAAGCGUUGGUCUGAACGCCAAUGCGAUUCAAUCGUUUCACUCGAACCUGAAUUUUGUGGACGGAAUGACCGCCAAAUUGAGUCCAAUAAUAGAGACGAGUCGCGAGUAUAACAGUAAGUCGUCGUCCUCUUCCUCGGGAACGAUGAGCACAACCGGCGGCUCAGCUCUCAGUAGACGCCAGAGAGCGUUGUCCGGAGUCGUCGAACCCGUGGAUCCCUUCGACGCCUAUCUUCUGACACAACUGUUGCACUCGUUGUCCGAACCGAUCGCUUCCCGCAAAGGCUUCUUCCGCGUGAAGAGAUCGUUGCCGAAGAUUAAGCCCAAAGAGACGCUCGUGAAGUUGGGCGCCGACACGUAUCUCGUGGAGCGUCUGGUGGCCACCGGAGCCUACGCUCACGUAUAUAUGGCUCAGAUUGAGGACACGGGAGACUCGUUGGACUCGGACGAGACGGCCGGCAGCACUGGUUUCAGUAAAUUCAUUACCCAAAAGUGGUUUGCAUUAAAAGUGGCCAAACAGGCCAAUGAGUGGGAGUUUUAUAUUUGCGAUGAACUCCACAAACGCCUCACCCGUUCCAAGUGUUGUCCAGAUAUUGAAUUGUCUGUAAUGUCGAGCAAUCCGUCGGUUAUGUUCAAAGACGGCUGCGUUUUGGUGGACGAGUUCGCGCCCAACGGAACUCUUAUAGAUGUGGUCAACGCCUGUAAACAACAGGACAAACAAUUCCCCAAAUCUCUGAUCGCGUACUUCGCUCUCGAAUUGAUUCUUAUUGUUCAACAGAUCCACAAAAAUCUUAUUAUUCACGCAGACAUUAAACCCGAUAACCUAUUGGUCUUGAAUUUUCCCGUUCGCGAAGACAUUAAUAACGUAUUGAAGAGAACGACAUCAUUGAAACUGAUAGACUUCGGCCGCUCUAUUGAUUUACACCUCUUUCCUGAGGGAACCGUAUUUAACGUCAGCGUAAAGACCAAAGGCUCGCAAUGCUGUGAAAUGUUGGACUCAAAGCCCUGGACUUUUCAGACGGAUUGGUUUGGAGUAUUGGAUUGCAUUCAUGUCAUGCUUUUCGGAGAUUACAUAAAAGUGCGCAAAAAUAAAGUGAACAACAAUUGGGAAAUAAUGGAGAAAUUCAAACGCUAUCACAUGUCAGAGGUGUGGACCCCUCUCUUCACAACUUUGCUAAAUAUCCCUAAUUGUGAACAAAUGCCAGAUUUGUUGCCAUUUGUGGAUCAACUCAACGAAUAUAUUAAGCAAAAUAUCAAUCAAAUCGUUAGAGACGGCAACGAUCUCGAAGUGAUGUGCGAUUCCGUCAACAAAAAGGCCAAAAAAUGAUGUCUUAUUUCACACUCUUUUCACUCUAAUUAAGAAUUUUAUCAGUUUUUGAUUGCAUUUUAUUUAUGGGGUUUUCAAACAAUUUAUUCAUAUAUUAA